AUGUCGACUGUUAGAUUGCGAAUAGACGGAAACACCUUUCGAGACAAGGAUUCCCGAGAGGUUAUCCUUCACGGCAUCAACUGUGCUGCCGACGCAAAGUUCCCUGCGACUCCCAACCAGCCCUCACAGAUUGCCGAGAACUUCUUCGACGGCGACAACGUCUCGUUCGUAAAUCGACCUUUCUCUGUACAAGAUGCUGCGACACACUUCUCACGGCUACGGAGUUGGGGAUACAACACCAUACGAUACGUCUUCACCUGGGAGGCGAUAGAGCAUGCGGGACCCGGCAAGUAUGAUGAAGAGUGGAUCGACCACACAAUUGCCGUACUACGAAAGGCGAAGGACUAUGGCUUCUAUAUUUUCAUGGAUCCUCAUCAGGACGUGUGGUCGCGAUUCUCUGGAGGCUCAGGAGCGCCAAUGUGGACUCUCUACGCCUGCGGACUGGAUCCAGAGUACUUCGCCGUGACCGAAGCCGCCCUCGUACAAAACACAUACCCCGAUCCGGCCACCUUUCCUAAGAUGAUCUGGGCAACCAACUACACGCGAUUGGUCUGCCAGGUCAUGUUCACCCUCUUUUUCGGUGGCAACGACUUUGCGCCAAAGGCCAUCAUCGACGGCAAGAACAUUCAAGACUAUCUGCAGGACCACUAUAUCGGAGCAUGCGAGCAUCUUGCGAAACGCAUAAACCAGGCCGGUGACCUAUGGCACGACCCAAUAGUCGGAUGGGAGAGCAUGAACGAACCCAACAGAGGCUUGAUCAGCUUCCAGGACAUUACUUCAAUACCGAGCGAACAGAAGCUCCAGAAGGGCACCUCGCCGACGGCUUGGCAGGCAAUUCUUACCGGAUCGGGUAGAGCUUGCGAGAUCCCAACUUGGGAAUUUGGUGGCAUGGGCCCGUACAAGAGUGGCACCGCACUCAUUGAUCCAGAAGGCAAGACGGCGUGGCUGUCUCCAGACUACGACGACACCAAAUACGGCUGGAAGCGUGACCCUGGGUGGCAACUGGGCGAGUGUUUAUGGGCGCAGCACGGGGUAUGGGACCCAGCUACAGAUACCUGCCUAAGGAAGGACUACUUUGGAAAAGACCCCAAGAAUGGUGCGACAAUCAGCUAUGAGUACUUUACAAACCACUACUGGCUACCACAUUAUCGCCAGUACACCAAGAUGGUCAAGUCCAUCUUCCCAGACUCGUUGAUGUUCUUUCAGCCUCCAGUCUUGGAGAUACCUCCGACGAUCAAGGGGACCGAGGAUGAUGAUCCGAACAUGAUCUUCUCACCACAUUAUUACGACGGUAUCACCCUUAUGACCAAGAAAUGGAACCGGGUAUGGAACGUUGACGUCUUUGGUGUUCUACGAGGAAAGUACUUGACACCAGCAUUUGCCAUAAAAAUCGGCGAGAACGCUAUUAGAAACUGCUUUGCGCAUCAGCUCAAGGCGAUACGCGAUGAAGGUACAGAGUUCACGGGGGUCCACCCCUGCGUCUUCACCGAGAUUGGCAUCCCCUACGACAUGGACGACAAGUACGCAUACAAGACGGGCAAUUACAGUAGCCAGAUUGCAGCGUUAGAUGCCAACCAUUUCGCGCUUGAGGAAAGUGCGGCUAAUGGCUUUGCGUUGUGGACUUACGUCGCCACGGUGAAUUUUCAGAACACACAUUACUGGGGCGACCAAUGGAAUGGUGAAGACCUGUCCAUAUUCUCGUUGGACGACAAAGCAGUACCAGCAGGCGCCUUCUCACCCGCCGACUCGCGUGCCUCGCUCGAUGUAGACUCACCAUCGUUUUCAAGGGCGCAAUCGACGGACACGCUCAGCAUCAGUCCUUCUAACUUGCAGAAAACAGUGACGGAAGAGGGAAUGGUCUCAAACAGAAGAGAUGAUGAAGUUCGCGGUCUUCGUGCAGCCGAAGCCUUUAUUCGACCCGCACCUGUCGCUGUCCAUGGUGACAUAACAUCUUAUGGCUUCGACUUGAAAAACUGCACGUUCAGGCUCGCGCUUUCGGCACCGAGCUCGACAGCAGAGGGUACGCCGACGAUUUGCUAUCUUCCAGAAUUCCACUUUCCAUCGGGGCAGACGAAUGUCGAAGUCAGCGGCGGGAAAUGGACCAUCAGUUCGGAUGAAAGCAAUGGGGCAUGGCAGCAGAUACUGCGAUGGUGGCACGCCGAGGGAGAGCAGACCAUUACCGUGAAAGGUGUAGCACGCAAAUCAGGCAGCGCCGUAGGCACAGAAGAGGACGAGGGGUACCUGCAGCAGUGUCAAAAGCAGGCUUGCGCUGUCAUGUAA